GCAGGUGGCCGUGCGGCUGUCAGGGUGGCGGUGGCGUGGAACGGACGCCCGCAGCACCCACAGGAAGGUGGAGGGCGAGGCGGUGGUGCAGGCGGUGGCAACCCUGCUGAAGGGGCUGCGGGAGGAGGAGAGCGUCCUGCUGGAAGCCCUGGUGCCCACCGCCCGCCUGCCCACGCUGCCCCCACGCAGCGCAGCCCCGCGGCUGCCCAUGGCCCUGCGCAUCUGCACCGUCGUCUGCCGGUCCUGGGGAGACCGGCCCCAGCUCUGCCAGGUGGCCUGCACUGUGGGGCGGGCAGAGGUGCCAGUGCGGCAUGGUUCGGCGCUGCCCUUGGGCCUGGACUCCAGCCUGCGGCAGUGGGGCCUGGCAGAUGCGGCACAACGGCAGGCACUGGCGGGGCGGCUGCGGGAGGCCGCCGAGGCCGCCAUGGCUGCGCUCCUGGCUGCAGAAGGCGAGCUGAGCCCCGCUCAGCGUGGUGGUGCCCGUGCCCACACCGACGUCCUCGGUGUGGAUUUCCUGUUGGCGUGCGUGGACGACACCCUGGAGCUGAUGGCCCUCUCGGCCAACUGCCUGCGCUGCCUGGAGACGUGCCUGCUGGCUGAGGGCAUGGGGCACGAUGUGGGGCAGCCUGCCGGAGACGUGCCGCGGCUGCUGGCCGAGUGCCUGCUGCACCGGGCGCAGUGCCACCUAGUCGAAGGCAAGGACAUCCUGCUGAUCGGGGCCGGCGGAGUCAGCAAGAGCUUCGUCUGGGAGGCAGCGCGCGAGUACGGCCUGCGGAUCCACCUGGUAGAGUCGGACCCCGAGCACUUCGCGGCGGGGCUGGUGGAGACCUUCCUGCCCUACGACAGCCGGGAGCACCGUCGGGACGAGGAGCACGCCGAGCACGUGCUGGAGAUGCUGCGUGCCCGCGGGCUGCGGCCCGACGCCUGCCUCUCCUACUGGGACGACUGCGUGGUGCUGACAGCGCUGCUGUGUCAGCGGCUGGGCUUGCCCGGCUGCCCACCCGCCGCCGUGCGCCUGGCAAAGCAGAAGAGCCGCACCCACCAGCACCUGCAGCGCUNCGAGCGGCGAGCGGGGAGAGCGCCCCCUGCCGGAGCGGAGGCCGCGGAGGCGCGUCGGGGCCCCGCGCUCCCACGAGGCGCUACCGGGGCGGUCGGGCGGGGCCGGUCGUUGCCCGGAGGCCGUCGUUACCCCCGCGGCGCGGGGACACGCGUGAGCGCCUCCCCGGGGAUCGGGAGGGCCGCGAGUGGCAGCGACGCCGUCGUUUGCAGCGCCGGCGGCCUCGGUGCCACCCGUGCCAGCUGCGUCACGCGUGCCGUCAGUGCCACCUGUGCCACCCCUGCCAUUUGCGCGCCCGUGCCGUCGGUGUCACCCUCCCCCCCCCACCCCCUCCUCUCUACGUGCCACCCGAGCCGUGCGGUGCCGCCGGGCCCUGGCCCGGUGCCCGUGGCCCCGCUGGUGACAUUUCAGCCCCGCGGUGUCAGCUGCGCCGAUGUCCCCGCCCGACCCCAGCAACUGGCCCCGGCUCCGGUGCCGGCUGCGUGCCCCGCUGCGCGUGUCCUGCGUCCCCGUGUCCCCGGGUAUGUGCAGCCCUGUGUCCCGUAUCCCCCCCCCGCGCUGCCGUACCCCCACGUCUCCGCGUCCCACGCCGUCGAAUCUCCCGUCCGCCUCUCGCCGCGUCCCCCCAUACCCCUGUCUCCGCGUAACCCCGCGUCCCCAAAUUCCCCUAGCCCCCCUCGCGACAGCGACAGCGACAGCGACCGCCGGUGGGUGCUGGCGGCGGCCGAGCACGCGUGUCCGUGGGUGGUCGCGUGCGCCGCGCCACGCGUGUCCGGCGGUGACACCGCGGGCAGCCGUCGCGCUAAGCCGGGGGACCCCUCCGACGCCCGCAGGAUGGUGAGCGGCGGCCCGGGGCUCGCGGGCGGGGGGCCCCUUCCCGGCCGGGGCUCGGUGGUGCCGGGCGCUCAGCGUGGCAGCGCUGUGCCCACCGCCGCCGCGUGA